UUACUUCCGGUCGCGCAGCUGUGGGCCGGGCGAGAUGGCUGAGGAGAGACAGCCCACGAGAACUCAAUUUCCUGCAUCUGCUGAAUCUCAAAAACCCCACCUGAAAAAAGCUCCAGAGUUUCCGAUUUUGGAGAAGAAGAAUUGGUUGAUACAUCUCCACUAUAUCCGGAAGGAUUAUGAAGCAUGCAAGGCUGUUAUCAAAGAUCAGCUUCAGGAGACCCAGGGGCUAUGUGAAUAUGCUAUCUAUGUCCAAGCACUGAUAUUUCGCCUGGAAGGAAAUAUCCAAGAAUCCCUAGAACUCUUUCAGACAUGUGCUGUUCUCAGCCCACAGAGUGCUGAUAACCUCAAGCAGGUGGCCAGGUCUUUAUUUCUUUUGGGGAAACAUAAAGCUGCCAUUGAAGUAUAUAAUGAAGCAGCUAAACUUAACCAGAAAGACUGGGAGAUCUAUCAUAACCUAGGAGUUUGCUACAUUUAUCUGAAACAGUUCAACAAGGCACAAGACCAAUUGCACCAUGCCCUACAUCUUAAUAGGCAUGAUCUGACUUACAUAAUGCUGGGGAAGAUUCACUUGCUGGCGGGAGACUUGGACAAGGCCAUCGAAAUCUACAAGAAAGCUGUGGAGUUCUCACCAGAAAAUACAGAACUUCUUACAACUUUAGGUUUACUCUACUUACAGGUUGGUUUUUACAAGAAGGCAUUUGAACACCUCGGAAAUGCGCUAACUUAUGACCCUAUCAACUAUAAGGCCAUCUUGGCAGCAGGCAGCAUGAUGCAGACCCAUGGAGACUUUGAUGUUGCCCUCACCAAAUACAGAGUUAUAGCUUCUGCUGUUCCAGAAAGUCCUCCACUUUGGAAUAACAUUGGAAUGUGUUUCUUUGGCAAGAAGAAAUAUGUAGCAGCUAUCAGCUGCCUGAAACGAGCCAACUACUUGGCACCCUUUGAUUGGAAGAUUCUCUAUAAUCUGGGCCUUGUUCACUUGACCAUGCAGCAGUAUGCAUCAGCUUUCCAUUUUCUCAGUGCAGCCAUCAACUUCCAGCCAAAGAUGGGGGAACUGUACAUGCUCUUGGCGGUGGCUUUGACCAAUCUGGAAGAUACAGAGAAUGCCAAGAGAGCUUAUGCCGAAGCAGUCCGCCUGGAUAAGUAUAACCCUUUAGUCAACUUGAACUAUGCUGUGCUGCUAUACAACCAGGGUGAGAAGAGGGACGCCCUGGCCCAGUAUCAGGAGAUGGAGAAGAAAGUCAACCUACUCAAGGACAGUAGCUCUCUAGAAUAUGACUCUGAGAUGGUGGAGAUGGCUCAGAAGUUGGGAGCUGCUCUCCAGGUUGGGGAGGCACUGGUCUGGACAAAACCAGUUAAAGACCCCAAAUCAAAGCAACGGACAACUUCAACCAGCAAAGCUGCCAGUUUCCAGCAGCCUCUGGGCUCUAAUCAAGCUCUAGGACAGGCAAUGUCUUCAGCGGCUGCAUACAGCAAGCUACCCUCAGUAGGGAAGGAGAGGUCACAAAUGAAGAACUUGAGCUAGCUUCAAGAUUCCAGAAGCUGCUGCUGCAAGCCAGCAGCUGCCAUAUCAAUACUGCUCUUUGAACAAACUGAGAAGGCUCACCAUCCUUUCAAACUGCUGUUUCUUACUGGAUUCACUACUUGAUACUAGUAUCUUCUGUCACUUUAAAACACAGAGGCUCAGUCUCAGGGACUGCCCAACCAGUGAUGGGGAAGAGAAGAUAAACACCUCAAGAGCAGAGUAACAUAGAACUCACAAGUUAAUGUUGGAAUAAUUUCUACUAUAUCUGGCUCCAGAGUGAUAGGUAGAACAAAAUCAAUUGCAAAUAGUCUUAGGACUCCUGAAAUGUAAUUGUUUUUAAUAUAUUUAAAAGCACACAGACGUCUCUUUGAUUUAUAAAAAAAUAAAUACAUAACAUGACAUAUUUCUUCAUGAUCCUGGGCUCUUAUGAGGUCAAACUCUUAAAUGGAUGUGAUAUGUCAAUGUAAAACACACAUGAUCAGUUAUACACACAGAAGCAUAUUCAAGUUGUAAAAGCAGAUUCCUUCAAGGACCAGAAUAAACAAAGAUCAGUCUUCUACUGGAGAAAGUAUGUCCAGAGCUGGGCAAUAAGGUUGGGCCCAGCAUGGUAGUCUUUGACCAGCUGGCCUACAAUCUAAGAAGCCAGGGCAAGGGCAGGAAGGCACAGCCCUUCAGCUCGCAUAGUCACCCACCCUACAGGUCAGCCAGGCUUCUAAACCAGUGCAGAAUGGCCAAUUCUCUCCCAGGCUCCACAGGGAUCCUGCCUCACUGAGAAUGAAGCACAGGAGGGGUGAUUUUGUCCUUACUUGAGGCUCUGUCUUAGAGAGAAGACUAAGGUGUGCUCAUUAAGUAUUUUCAUUAUAACACUGAAUGGAAGUCAUGACCCUGCCCAUGAACACUGAGCGGAGAGAGGACACGAGAGGCUCACCGUGGGCUUUACUAGACAUGAUGAAUGAGCAUGCACUUCUGAGGUGGGGAGGAGGGAGGUGUUUUUUUCCAGCUGGCAUGCGCUCCAGCCAGGGUAAAGACGCUAUGUAAACUGGGGGUUUGGGAAUCAUAUUUUUUACCCAUAUAACACAACAUAAACAAACCUAAAAAUCCAGUCUCAGUAGAUAAAUUUGGAUUAAAACCUGAAACUUUUUUGUGUAAUUGUCAGCAGGUUGGAAUGUAUCUGAUAAUUUAAUCUAUUGUGUUGUUGGCUGUCUUUGAAUUAAAUCUAGAAACUGUUCUGAUACCUCAACCCUAUUUUCCAAACCACUUAAUUCCUGUUAAUUCUUAAAUUGGCUAGUUCUCCUUC